AUGCGUACGACGCCUAUUGGUUCUUGUUCAUCGAAGCCAUCUGGUUCAGCAGUAUGUGGUGACUCGCACGUGGGUGUUAUGUGCCUCGAAACUCUAGUUCAGCUUGUGGAUUAUUGCACUGAAGCUAGCGCGGCCUCCACAGCUGAAACCACGGCAGCAAGUGCUGUAUUUACCAGCGACAUCUAUUCUUGCUUUGAGUCCGAUACUGGUCAAUCAGCAUGUGUUCGAGGUGGUGCUUCCCGAUUGGCUUUGGCCAGGCGCCUUGUACGUGCCUUAGGUGCCCUUGAGACAUCUCAAGGGGGCGGCCAAGUUCCUGGGCCGGGACAACCUUGUCUAUUAGAAGAACUUUUCAGUUUGGUAACGAAACAGCCGUAUUCUAUGGAGUUGGAAAACCCUCUGUCCUCUGUCCUCCUCAGCCUUAUCCAUCUUAGCCCAGAGUCUUUCUCUCGCCUAGUUGAACAAUGGAUCAGCCGCUGCGCCUCACAUCCAGAGACGCAGAGUCGCCUUCGCUCAGCUUUUGAGCAUCUCAUCGCACCUAACUUAUCUUCCUCGGCUCAUUCGAGCUCAACGACACUGGGAAAUGCUUUAGGAAGCAAUUGCUUUUUUCAACAUCGCCGUCCACUUCGUGACGAACGUGCUGAUUUUCAGCAACGCUUCCAAUUGUUUGCAGCCGAGGUUCGAGCUUUUGCUUGCUGCGCUUAA